AGCACCCUUCGUAAAGCACAACGUUUCCUCCUACACCCCUUCCAUCUCUCGCUCUCUUCAAAACCCUAAAAUCUGCUCACUGUUCGGCCAUCAAUCCCACCCUCGUUUUUUUCUCGUCUACCGGAACUCCAUUGAUUUCAAGUCGCACCGAGUCGAUCAAUACAAUCAUGAGUGGAACAGGAGCCGUAGCGGGAGAGAAAGGGUCAUCAACAACCAAAACCCCAGCCGAUUUUCUCAAAUCCAUUCGGGGUAGACCUGUUGUCGUCAAAUUAAAUUCUGGCGUCGAUUAUCGCGGUAUCUUGGCAUGUUUGGAUGGAUACAUGAACAUAGCAAUGGAGCAAACUGAAGAAUAUGUUAAUGGACAACUCAAGAACAAAUAUGGUGAUGCCUUUAUUCGAGGAAACAAUGUUCUUUAUAUCAGUACAUCCAAGAGAACCCUUGCAGAAGGUGCCUAGUCCAAUUGCUUUGCAUUGCUACAACUUUUAUUAUUGUUAAUGUCACAAAGUUUGGUGAAAAAUAUUGAAUGUAAUAUCCAACAAUUGCUUCUUAGGAAAAAACUGAAACCAGAUUUUCUCUUAUUAUUAUUACUAUUAUUAUUCUGAAA